UGCAGCGUUACACGCGCGCACAAUCUCCGCCGUCGCGCCAAAGAUCGACCGGCCAAGACAGUAACGAGCCGCGGCACCACCGACCGCACACCAGUUAGGAGGGGGGUAACUCGAGCGGCGGCGGCCUGCCUCCCCGUGCAGAAGCGCCGCCGCGGCCUGUCCCGCUAGCCAUCGCGAUGAGGUCCGCCGCGAGGCACACCCUGCCGUUGCUGGUGCCCACCGCCUACCCCAGCGUCAGCUUCUUCCCCUGCAGCCAGCCCCGGCGCUUCUUGCUGCCGCUCGCCCACGGCUUGCGGCAUCCGUGCCGCGGCGCGAGCUCUCAGCCUGCUGCUGCUGCUGCUGCCGGGGAGUACCUUCCUCCCUUGUUCAGCGUGGCGCCGAUGAUGGACUGGACGGACAACCACUACAGAACGCUCGCCCGGCUGAUAUCGAAGCACGCCUGGUUGUACACGGAGAUGGUGGUGGCCGAGACCAUUCUGCAUCAGAAAGAUAAAUUGGAUAGGUUUUUAGCAUUUCCUGCUGAGCAACAUCCUAUUGUAUUGCAAAUUGGUGGAAGUAAUCUUGACAAUUUGGCGAAGGCAACUGAACUAGCAAGUGCUUAUUCAUAUGAUGAGAUCAAUCUGAACUGUGGCUGCCCAAGCGGCAAAGUUGCUGGUCAUGGUUGCUUCGGUGCUCAGUUAAUGUAUGAUCCAGAGUUUGUAGGGGAUGCUAUGUCAGCUAUUGCUGCCAAUUGUGAUGUCCCCGUCAGUGUUAAAUGCAGAAUUGGAGUUGAUGAUCGUGACUCGUAUGAGGAGCUUUGUGAAUUUGUAGAUAAGAUUGUUUCAAAGUCACCAACUAGGCAUUUUAUCAUUCAUGCUCGGAAGGCGUUGCUCAGUGGCCUCAGUCCUGCGGAGAAUCGGACGAUUCCUCCUUUGAAAUAUGAGUACUACUAUGCUUUGUUGCGGGACUUCCCAGAGGUACACUUUACACUAAAUGGAGGCAUAACGACCAUUGCUCAAGUUAGUGAAUCCAUAAGACAAGGCGCACAUCGAGCUAUGGUUGGUCGUGCUGCUUACAAUAACCCAUGGAAUAUGUUGGGGCACGUCGAUAGUGAAAUUUAUGGCAUGCCAACAAGUUGCUCUUCUCGUCGCCAGAUCCUUGAGAGCUACCAAAUUUAUGGUGAUUCUAUAAUUGGACAGUAUGGCAUCACCAGGCCAAACGUGAGGCAACUUGUUAAGCCAUUGUUACAUUUGUUCCACUCAGAACCUGGCAACAGCUUGUGGAAACGUAAGGCUGAUUCUACAUUGCGUCAUUGCAAAACACUUGAACAGUUCUUGAAUGAAACUCUUGAUGCAAUUCCGGAUUCUGUCCUUGACGCACCAAUAUUCAGGGAGGCAUCUAUGGAGGAAGGAUACUUCAGCCACGUGGAUUCGUCGUUGCCACCAAGGUACACAAAACUGGACAAUGGCAUCUGUGAAAGCCCAGCACUCGUAACCGCAUCCGCUUGAGCUACCAGAUGUUGAGAGAAAAGGUUCAAAGAUAGUGAAAGCUGAGAAAUAGGCAAAACGAAGUUGACAAGAUCUUAACUCAUGCUAGUUCCUUUCUAUGAAGAGUGCAGUGUUACAAGCAUACAACUACUCCGUAUUAGAAUGACAAUAGGAUAAAAGUGUGAUGUGUAGAUACUUGGUUACAAUAUACAGUAUACCCGCAUUCAUCCUAGAUCUUCCGUUCAUGGAUAAUACUCUGGUUGCAAUUGAGCUUUUCAUUUGAGUGGCUGCAAUAUUUUACAGUGCCAAUUUCGCUAGCUGACCUGACUGAGAAACCUUGGCAGCUGGAAUAGAUUACAGUGUGCUGCUUUC